UAGCCCAAUAGAAAACACAUGGGCCUUUCUAUGAAUAUAUAUAUAUAGGAUUGACGCAGAGGAGGAGGGUUUUCCUAUUUUCUUGUUCGCAGAGUAGAAACCAUGUCCACAAGCACCGACGAAACGAUGGACAGACUUUUCCCCAAGCCUCAGAGAAAAGAGAUGUUGCGUUCCACGUAUGUUAUGUUUGACGCCGAGGAUUUCUCAAUCCCUAAUCCUCAUUUGCUUAAAGAGAAUAUCUUAACAGCUAUUAAGAAAGAAGGUUAUCGUGGGCGGAUUAAUAUCAAGGGUUACUUUGGUGACAAGAAAACCAUCCCCCAAGAAUUGCUUGACAAGUAUUUGGAAGCCGAAAUUUAUUCCAAAAUAUUUGAAGGGGAUAGAGUUGCUCGAAUGAACAUGAUGUUAGUGGAGCUUCUUUUCUGGGCAAUGUCCCAUUAUCCUCAUGGAACAAAUGUGCUCAUAAUCACUAAAAACCAAAACAUCCUAGAACGUCACAAGGUCUGGAAUGUUAUUGAACGUUUGGUAGAGAGAGAUUUCUAUUUUGCCAUUGAACAUCCUGAUACCUUCUUUCCCCCAACGAGCCCAACAUGCGCUUAAAGUUCCAUAUGUGGUCUUAGCGGAAGAGGAGACGGGUCGCCGCGGUGCUUAGCUGCUGUUUGUGAUGAACUGUCAUUAAAUUUUUUUUUUUUGAAAAAUUAUUUGCUUUUAUUGUUCUUAUAUAUAUGGUGCUUCCACAUAUUUAUCUCCUAUGUUUUCUAUUUUUUCAUCUUUUAUGAAAAUCCAGAAAAUGAUUUCUUGAUUUGUAAAACAAUUCUAUCGUUAUUGAAUACGCAAAUACCUUUUGAGAUUUUUUUUUUCAGAGACAAUCUUCUCUAUUAUAAUUGUCUAAUAGCAAUUAUGUAUUUUGGCAAGAAAACAUAGUUUUAUAGUUUUAUCGGAACACACGGUUCUUUGGGGAAAUCACCAUUUUACAGUUUCAAUGGAAAACAUAAUUUCACAAUUUUGACGAUAAAUAGACAACCCAUUACGAUUGGAUAAAUAGACAACCCAUAUAAAAAAUUUGUCCUCCGAACCAGCCCACUGACAUAUAUAUGGAGGGGGAGAUUGGAUAAAUAGACGAAGACAAGGAGAGUUACAAGUAACCAACCACAGAGCAAACCCUAGCUAGAUCGACGAAAGCAUGUCUUUCCCGCAGCCUUUCGACAUGGUUAUGGUCGAAGGCACGACUGAUCCGCGGUUUACCGAGAUGAUGUCUGAUCCGCAGUUUACCUACAAACCCGUGCCUACGCCGGUGGUAAUAUACGAAAACGCUAAGACAUCAGUCUUUUGGGACAUGGCUGGUUACCCUAUUCCUAAUGGUGUCGACCCUGUAUUGUUUUGUGGCGUUAUGAAAAACGCUCUUGUAAAGCAGGGUUAUAAAGGGGAGUUGUCGAUCUAUCUUUACGUUGAUACUGGUGAACUGCUACCUAAUGGUCUCGAGACCUGUGUCGAAUUCGAUUUCUUACCCGAAGGUGAUGACUAUGCGAGAAUAUCUUCGAUACUAGUGGACAUAUCAUUUUGGGCACUGUCAUAUCCUUACUCAAAUAUUAUUGUCCUCUCCAGAAACAUCGUUAAAGGCACGAUUGUAGCUUUCGAAAGCUUGUAUAAUACACAUGGUCUUCUCUUAUCCAAAACUGAACCGGAUUGGCUGGUUCCUGGUGAAAGUUCAACCUUGUUUCUUACAAGCCUUUUUGAAGACCCUACCGGAGGCCAGUUGUCGGCAAGCUCUCAAAAACAAAGUAAAAUCCUGGGUGGAGGAGGAACAAGCUCACAAGGAGCGAAAAGGGUAGGCUAGACAUAAGAUGUCAACCAAGGUAGAGAGCAAAGAGGUUGAAGCCAGACCAGUCUCAUAUAUAUGACCCGUCUGUAACAGAGGAGGCCAUUGCAGCUGCUGCAGUAUUGCAACUUGUGCUUGUGUGUUCUAGAUCCAAAACUACCAUAUCUUUCUUAUAAUUCUGGAUUUGACAUUAUUUCUGAGUAGAUUGUUAUCUCAGAACACGGUUAUAAAUCUGUGUUUUUUUUUUAAUGAUUUUCUGGUGUAAUAUAAUGUGUCUAAUGCACACAUGGUUAACGAUCAUUGAGUUUGCUGUUUC